AGUUUUUACUGAAACGUUAAACCCGCAGCAUACAAAAAAAUGUCCAGAUUUCUUCUUGCGUUAUUUGCAUUCCUGGCGAUUUUCGCUAUCGUUGCAGGAAUCAGAGGAGAGUGUGGCCCUCAGGAAACAUUUAGGAUGUGCGGCCCCGCUUGUCAAGCUACUUGCGAGAAUCCCGCACCGUAUUGUAUUCAGGUAUGCACGGAGGGAUGCUUCUGCAAAAGCGGUUUCGUUAGAGGUGCUAACGGAACAUGCAUUCCUCAAAACCAGUGUCAAGUCGGCUAUAUAUAAGUUAGCUACUUAAAUAUGCUCCCGAUUCUACUAAUGGAUUUAUUAUAAUGUUAGAUUCAGUGUUCAAAAGUAACAACAGAAAUUGGUACAAUUUGUAAAUUUAAUAAUUCUGCAACUCAUUUAUUGGCUAUAUAAAUUAUCAUUACAGC